AUGCCGACAUGCACAUAUGACGGCAAGGGUGAUCCAAAGAGGUAUAUCGCGGCCUUUGAAAGCCAAAUGUUGUUGUACACCGACACCGACGCCGUGUGGUGUAAAGUAUUUCCAAUGACAUUGGUAGGGGUAGCUUCAGACUGGUUCACCAAUCUCCCACCUGGAUCCAUUGACUGCUUCGACACUCUUGUCGAAUUGUUCACAAGACAAUAUAUAGGCAACAGCGCAAGACAAAGAACCUCAGGGGAACUUAUGUCUGUUAGACAGAGGAAGGACAAAUCAUUGAGAGAUUUCGUCCGACGUUUUAAUAAUGAAGCCAACACUAUACCAAAGUUACAGCAGGAGAUAGCCUUCAUGGCCUUAAUGAGUGGUUUAGCUGAUAGCGAUUUUAAGAGGUACAUGGCAUGA